UCGACGCACAUCUUUUGUUUGCGACGGUCGCGCGCACCUCGAGCUUCGCGUGUGUGACACGGUUUUUGGUGUGUGAAGUGACAUGUGCGACGCGAUUGGAUGACACUUUCGAGGAAUCUUCUGAUGACUGAUACUAACACUAACGUCUUAUGUACUGAAGGAAUAUUUUGCAGUGUAUAUUGGUGCACAGAGUGGCCAAAAAUUAAUGCACUAACCCAAGGGAACAUUGAUAUGUUUUCGACUAGAAACCUGCAUGUGAUAAAUUAGAAACUCAAAAUUCCGUAGGAGACGAAAGAGAAUGCCGCCCGCGGUCUGACCUCACCCUCUAGCACCGCUCGCCCUCGCUUAACCUCAAAAGAAAAAAAUGACCCAGUCCCACUACUCGUUGCGAUGGAACAACCACCAGACGCACAUCUUAGCGGCCUUCGACGCCCUCCUCCAGGCCGAGACUCUGGUGGACGUGACGCUGGUAUGCGCCGAGACGUCCGUGAGGGCCCACAAAGUGGUCCUAAGUGCUUGUUCGCCCUUCUUCCAGCGGAUAUUCUCGGAGAACCCGUGCAAACACCCCGUGAUCGUGUUAAAGGACUUCAGCGGGUGGGAGGUUCAGGCCAUCGUCGAUUUCAUGUAUAAGGGUGAGAUCAGCGUGGUGCAAGAGCAGCUGCAGAGCUUGAUCAAGGCGGCGGAGAGCCUCCAAGUGCGGGGGCUGGCCAACCAGGACCCCUUCGGGGUCGACAAGGAGUCGACGUCGAUCAUCAACCAAACGCCGACGCCGUCGACGUCGCCGAACGACUUCGACAGGAACUACUUCGGGAGGUUUCCGACGCCCGGCGUCACCGUCCGCACCCCGGGCGAGCGCACGUCGCCCUUCUCGCCCUUAUCCUGUCCCUCCAACUACGAGCCCUCCGUCAAGCUGCCCCACAUGUCCCGCCUGUCCUUCCCCGAGUCGCUCCUCCCGCGUCCCGAGUGCCAAUCGCCCAUUCCUCGGCGGAAGCAGGCGCGGCCCCGCCGUCGGUCCGGCGAGCUGUGCGGCCCCCACGACCCCGCCAAGCCGUCCCCGCCGCCCUCCGACGACGCCACCCCCGAGAACCUGUGCGUGCGGAAGUCGGGCUCGAAGGAGGACAAGCCGAAGGACGACGACAAGACGCGGACGCCGGACCCGUCGGGGAGUCCCGAGAUCGACCUGACGCUGCCGGCGGGCGGCGGCGGCAAGGAGUUCAGGUCCUCGCCACCUGUUAGUCUGCCGCCCACCAUCAAUAUGAAGCAAGAAAUUGAUAACCAUUCGCCUCUGCCGUUUCCACCCAUGCCGUCGGUUUCAGCGCUUGCCAUGACACCUCCGCACAGUAAAUAUUUCGGCCUGGACUCGCCGCUGGGGCUGUUCCCCCCGGGGCUGGACGGCUGCAGGAACCCGCUCUUCGACAUGACGGACCCCCGGACGACGCCGGACUCGCAGCUCUUCGUCAAGAAAAAAAUGGGCCGGCCCAAGGGCCAGCACUCCGCCCCCCGCGGCGGCCCUCCCCGCUCGUGGACCAACGCCGAACUGACCGAAGCCCUCCAGCACGUGUGGAACAAGAAGAUGACGACGAGUCAGGCGUCCCGCAUCUUCGGCAUCCCGUACAACUCCCUUCUGAUGUACGUCCGCGGCAAGUACGGCAAGAGCCUCAAGCUCGAGCAGCUGCGCAAGGACUGCAUCGGCGGGCCCGCGCCCCCCAUGGACCUCCUCGGCAUGGGCAACAACAACAACAACUCCUGCAAGAGCGACCGGGACAACGAAGCGAUCCAGCCCAACACGCGGCCCUCCAGCACCGAGGAGCAGCACGCCCAGCCGCCCGUCUUCAACCCCUUCGCCCACAACUUCUACCCGGACUUCGGCACCGGCUUUCCGAUUCCGGUGAGCAUGAUCCACCUGCUGCCGCAGAGCGAGAAGAGCCGCGAGCACUACAGCCAGCAGCAGGAGGAGGACUGCAAGGGCGGCGUCAAAAAAGAGGUGGAGGAGGAGGAUAUGUUCAGACCGCCGUCGCUCGCCGUAGACGACCGGCGAGAGCUGGUCCAGCAAAACGGCCAGGACUAAACGCUGGGUAGCGAAGGCUCUUCUGUUUGGUUGAUUGUUGGUUCAUGUUAUUCUUAGGCUAAUACUGUACGUGCUUCCUCAUUUUCACGUUCGUUUCUCCGGUAUAGGAAGAGGUACGCUCGACGUACGCUUUAUAAGACUGAUAUAUCAUAUUGCCAACGUUCCAACAUUUACAGUUUUAUUAUUUACAGACUACCACUACAGUUCCUCAGAUAUUUUAAUAUACAGAUUUUUAUUCUAUAUAUCGAACGGUUUUCUGUUUACACUCCUCUACAAUACUGCGAUAUUAGGAAACAGUAAUUUUUUACGCAAGUUUGUACAGUUACAGAUUAUAAAUAAUAGUAACGAGAUAUUUUGUUCUACAGAAACACUACUUUCAGUAUUUUUGUAACCUGACCCACGAUACAGACUAUACAGAUUUUUAUACAGUUUACAGCAGUUGAUCGUUAAUAUUAAACGUUGGAACCGACUGAUGAAAUUAUUUGUUGACGCAACGUUGUGAUUGUUACCUGAUUUAUUCUAGGGGCGACCGGGGCCCGAAACGGACGAUAAAAAAUAACAAUUUCUCUUAAACAUAACAGGAAAACGUACAGGUUUAGACGGAACGACGGACACAUUUGAACCCAGAAGCUCCUUAGUAAAAUAGUUAAUUAACAUUUUUUUAUCUUUUAGUUAGCAUUUUUUAAUCUUCUAUUUAGCAUUUUUUAAUCUUCUAGUUAUUAGGAUAUUCAAUUUGACAACACCAAUGAUUUUUGAUUUUGAUACAAAAAAUCAGGGUGAUUUGGCAUUUAUAACUUUGAAAUUUAUUACACUAUAAACACGUUGGCAUAAAUUUCAAAAUUACAUUAACAAAUUGAUUAAUAUUUUAUUAAAUUUUGAUAAAUGUAAAAAGUAAUCAUUUUGCAUUUAUCAUUUAUGAUUUAAUACAAUUAGACUAAGAAUUUAUAACGUUAUUAAUCUUACAACUAAAUUAGUUAUGUACAUCAUUGAAAAAUACAAUAAACAAGAGUGGAUCCAAAUUGGAGUCUUGGAUAACGACGCCAUUACAAAAAAAUUCCGGCGACUGAUCCACUCUAUUCAACGUAUUGAUACCUUUCUAUCGAUAUUUUUCUUUCAUUGAGAUCGUUCUAUCAGGCAAAAACUGGUAAUUUGUUUUUUUUAGAAUUUGAAGUUGUGCCAUUUUCAAACGAAACUUUCAAAAAUAGACUGAAAUUUGACAAAAAAAUACAAAUUUGAUUGAAAUUUCUGAACGCGCCUUUGAACACAAAACUCUAGAAAUCGUGUUCCCUACAAGCUGGUUGAAGUUGCUUAAAUUCACCUACCUUUCAAAAAAUGGUAUCUCUUAGUGAGGCGGAAAUAACAAAUUUUGGGAAUUUUUCCAUUUCUGCAUUUUUCGAUUUUUUUUAGUUUUAGAUUUGUCAAGUUUUCGAUGGCCCGAUUUAUCAACUUCUCGAUUUUUCAUUUCAGUUUUGGAAAUUGUUCAAUUUUUUGAUGAUUCGAAUUUCGAAUUCUUGAUUUUAGAUUUUACGGUUUUUCCAUUUUUUCAGUUUCAUUUUUCCAUUUCUGGAUUAAUCCACAUUUCGAUGUUGCAACUUUUCGAUUGUUCAGUUUCCGGAUUUCCCAUUUUUUCGA